AUGCUUGGUUCUUCACCACCAGAAACUCAUGCCAACUUACCUUCUUCUAAUAGUAUACCCGAGUUUGUAAAGAAACUAUUUGCCAUGUUGGAUGAAAAUUCGUUUUCGCAAAUAUUCUCAUGGGGAGCUGAAGGAGACACUUUUGUUGUCAAGGACCCCAACGAGUUUGCUAGACAUAUUUUACCAAAGCAUUUCAAACAUUCCAAUUUUGCUAGUUUUGUACGUCAGCUGAAUAAAUACGAUUUUCACAAGUUGAGGAUGCCUGAAGACGGCCAACGUAUGUAUGGCGAUCAGGCAUGGGAGUUUCAACAUCCCAAUUUCAAGUAUAACAGAAAAGAACUAUUGGAAGAAAUUAAGAGAAAACCAACAGGAAAAGCAGCACAGGCUUCACAAAACGCAUCGGUUACCACCCCUAACCCACAAACAACAAUACCAACCAAUGCAGCAGAAGAAGAAUUAAAGACAAUCGCCACCAACCUCCAAAAGGAAAUUAACGGCUUAAAAGAGACCCAAAAGAAGAUGACGGACAGGGUCAAAUCAUUUGAUAAAAAAUACAGUAUUGUUUUGGAUAAUAUUCAAGGCUUUAAAAAGAACAUGCAAGAACAAGACACCUUGAUGAAGGAAAUCAUGAGCUUUGUUCAAAAGAGUAAUUUACCCGUCGAACAAGACCUCCAAAAUAUCUUGCAUUCUUAUAAUAAUAUCUCCACCGAUGGUCAAGGCCAACUUGAACGAUUGUCUCAAAAUACCAUGGAUCAGCAAUUGCAACAAAUGCAACAACAACAUCAACAUCAACAACAUCAACAUCAACAGCAGCAGCAGCAGCAACAACAACAACAACAUCAACAACAACAGCAGCAACAUCAACAACAACAGCAGCAACAUCAACAACAACAGCAGCAACAACAGCAACAGCAAUUAAAUACAAUGAUGCCAGUGGUGCAUACGCGUAAAAGAAAACGUAUACAAGGGGGAGGAUGGUCAGUGCCCCCGCGUGUCUUGUUGGUAGAUGACGAUUCCAUCUUCCGUAGAUUGUCAACAAGGUUACUCCAAAUCGCCGGUUGUACAAUUGAUGUUGCCGUUGAUGGCAUGGAAGCUGUCCGAAAACUAGGUACAGGCAAAUAUGAUCUCGUUCUCAUGGUAAUAAAUAUCUGA